ACGAGCACCGGAAACGAAGGUCGUGUGACCGGAAGUAAGAAAACGGGAGCGCUUUGUUUUUGUUUUACACACAGCUGUCAGAUGCCUCUUUAGGCUGUAGAUGUAACUUUAAAUCUAAUAUUAAAACAGCAAGAGGUCUAUAGAGACAACCGCAGUGGACCCUGAGGUAGUUUUUCCUUCUUGAUCUUCAUCAUGGUGGAGUCCACAGCAUCUGGCGUGUUCUGCAACAGGAUGCUGAGCAUGGUCAACUCUGAGGAUGUCAACGCCAUCAUCCAGGCUCAGAGACACAUGCUUGACCGCUUUGAGAAAACCAAUGAAAUGCUGAUCAACUUCAACGGGCUGUCAAAUGUGCGACUGCAGCAAAUGAAUGAGCGCUUCCUUCUUCAUACACGCACCCUUGUGGAGAUGAAGAAAGAUCUGGACAGCAUCUUUAGAAGGAUCAGGACACUAAAGGGGAAGAUUGCUAAGCAGUACCCUGAAGCUUUCAGCAACAUCCAUGAGUCACCCAUCCUGGAGGAUGAAGAUGACGAGUUUGACCCAGUUCUCCCCAGUAUUGCCACAACAAUCAUGACGGCCACCUCAGAGCAGAGCACAGAGUCCUGUGACACUAGUCCAGAUGUGGUCUCACCCACUGUGAGCAGAUGCUCUGAAGAUCUCUCUCAAGAGCCGCCUGACACGCCCACCUCUGACGUCCCAUUGACAGCCGUCCUACAGGAUGAGGGUCCUGAUUCUGUGCCUGCAGAAUAGAGAUAUGUCAUGGGUGGAUUUCAGUCUUAAAACCGGAGUUUCAAUAUUAACUAAUGUCAGCUUCAGGUCAUGUUGCAUUUUUGAUUCUGUGUUGGCCUCCAUAAUAUUUGCAGACAAUAUUGAUUCUGGAGGUGGCUAUGAACUGUCUUUGAGGACACCCGAUGUUUGUUGUUACUUGUCCUUUUCCUGCACAGCACUAAAAUAAUGCAGACCAUACUUGAAGUUGUUUUAAACUAGAGCAAAGCUCUCACUUAUUAUGUGAUUAUACACAUAUUUAAUUUUUGGCAACUUAAAGAGAUGCACACUUGACUGAAGGAAAUUGUCUCUCAUAAUUUCUCUCAUGAUAUAUGUUACUUGAAAGACAGUAGGUAGUGUUCUCAACCUGAUUAAAAGUAACUAGGAUUUGCAAGUGGUAACUAUGAUAAUGAUAAUGGAGCAUUGUUACUCUAUGGAUCCUUGUUAGCAUUUAAUACAAUGCUUUACUGAUCCUUGAAGGAUAUAUCACUCUCUGCUCUCCUGCUUAUCACAGGGAGGCCUGAGAUGAGCUGCAGUGUCAGCGAUCAGUAAGUCAGGGUCAGUGAUCAGUGUCCGAGGAGCUGUCAGGAAUUCAGCAGACUGUUCAAGGACACAGUAGCAGAGCAGACACUUACUGACAUAAGAUCUGGAAAUGAGGUUGUAUGAGUGGAGGACAGAACCAGUCUGCUACCCUGCUCCCCUUUAAAAAUGCAGUUUUUGUUUAAAAGGGAAAAAUCCAGUUUAUAAUAUACACUUCACACAAGUUAUUCCUGUAAUAUUUUACAUGUGAAUUUGAAUAUUAAGUUAAAAAGCAAAGAGGGAUCUAGAGAAAAAUACUGAGGCUGCUCCAUGAAGAGAGAAUAUUAGAGCCACUCCUAGUACAUAGUGAGCAGGGGUAAAAUAUGGGUAUGAAUACAUUUUAUUAGUCACAGCUGACAACCUUACAGUCAAAUAAACCUGGUUUGUAUGGAACAUCUCAAUCAAAAGAAUUUAUUAGCCCACAGAGUCACAUUAAUUCAGUAUCAAUGGAUCAACAACAGAAAUCCUGUUAAUAUUAUCAAUUUAUAUAUCUAUAAUGUUCUGAUUUCAAGUAUAAGGGUACAGGUGUGUGUGUGUGUUUGUAUUGCCUAUACUGCCCAAAAUCAACAGAAUAAUAUACAUUAAAAUUACAGUGGAUUUUCCCUGUAAGUCAAAAUUAAUGUGAGCAUUGUGACUGCAUCUUGAUUAAAUGUUAAUUGGCAGUAAAUGA